AGCUUCACCAACGAGUUAUCACUGGGUACAAAACGCAAUGAUUUUAGUGAGGUUUUCGCUACUCUGUAUGUUUGUAAGUGCUUUACUGUUUUCUCACACAGAUGCUGCCAAGUUUAUGACAAAUAGAACCAUUUAUUUGUACUCAAGCAGCAAGUUCUUGAAUGUAACAUGCAUCCGGACAAAAGCAAUAAAGACUAAUAAAAGUACAAACACUUUAACUUACGAUGUGCUGGUCAAGUGCGCCGAUGACGACAAACAGAUGAACUUCAGCGCCUCAUGCGUACUAGUUAGAACAGGCGUGAAUAUUUUCACGCCUGCCGACGAAGGCAAAAUGGCUGUUACAAACUACACGUUUCUCCUUACAACGCGUCACUGCGCAGUCGUGGCAAAAAGUGAAGGAAUACCAGGAGUGGAUGCACUCGAAAGCACAGAGCUCUGGGUGAAGAAUCCUUCUGUUACGAAGAACAUCAUAACCUGUUACAAGGAGUUUAUGCACGUAUGCAACUGUAAUGGCCACCCAACCUAGUACUCUGCCAUUCAAUGCGAACAAGACGAAGUACGUAGGCGUCUCGCACCUAAUUGCUGAUUAAAAUUCACAUGUUUACACCUGCCACGAAGUUUCUCGGCACUCAAUAAAAUCUUCUCACAUU